UCAAUGCACAUGUAAGAAUAUUUUGCAGCAUAUAAAAGCAGGUUUGAGUGGCCCCAGAAGUUCUCUAAAAGUAGCUGAGAGUGGUGGCUACAAUUAGUUCCCCGGCAACUGAAACCUUUGGGAUACAUAGCCACCCCCUAUGUGGUUAACCAACAGCUGGAACCAUAUAAAUAUAUAUACACACAAUAUCUUCGCCAUCCCCAAGAAUCCUGUCCUUGAAAAAGCUUUGAGGAAAAAAGCAAAAAAGCUCUUAUUUUAAAACCCCUCUCUUUUUUUUUAUGUAUGGAUCCAAAAUAUUCACUCUCUCGAAGUGAGCUCUUCUUUUGAUUGGUCCGUUAUGUUGGAGCUGGUAUGGCAUCUGUAAUGAGUAAAAUAUACUUGAUAGCUUUGGUCUUAUUAAUAUGGUUACUUGUCUCUCCACUUGGACAGAACUUGCUUAGCUGUAACGUUACAUCUCCAGAUGCUUUGGGUUACCGUUGUGGUAUAAAUGGAUCAGAGGAUCAAUGCGGCACGUUCGUGGUGCUUCGAGCUACAUCAUACUACUCAUCUCUUUCCAAUCUGAGCUUUUAUUUAGGCUUCAACAGGGUUGCAAUUGCUGAAGCUAAUGGCUUCUCUGCACAAACUGAGUUUCUACCAAGAGAUCAGCCUUUGCUGUUGCCAAUUGAUUGUAAAUGCAACAAUGGUUUGUUCCAUGCUGAUUUAACAAAAACUACAAUCAAAGGGGAGAGCUUCUAUGGUAUUGCUGAAUCACUGCAAGGCUUGACAACCUGCAAAGCAAUCCAAGACAAGAAUCCCGGGGUCUCACCAUGGGGUCUUGGUGACAAAGUCCGGUUAGUGGUACCACUAAGAUGCGCAUGUCCGUCGCCGUCUGAAGUCGCUUUGAAAGCAAGGCUCUUACUUUCUUACCCUGUAAGUCCAGGUGAUACAAUUUCUAACUUGGCUGCUGCCUUCAAUACAACCUCAGAAGCUAUAAUAUCAGCAAAUAACAGAUCUUUAGAGACCUUUGAACCUGAAAGUUUAGCUACUCUUACAUCUCUUUUGAUUCCACUUAAUGGUGAGCCCCUUCCUCAUUUUCCGGAAACCAGCAUUCCUAUAAUUAACCCUCAGAAGAAAAAGCCAAGGAUGUGGAAAGUGGGAGUUUAUAUUGCUGUAAGUGGUGUUGUAAUUGGGACUAUCAUUGCUGUUGCAGCAACCUUCUUGGUGAUCCGAUUGAAGAGGAAAAAGAAGAAGCAAAACUUAAGCAAGGAUGAUGAUUUGGAACUGCAGCAGCUUAGCUUAAGUGUGCGGACUGCAAGCGAGAAGAAAGUCUCGUUUGCAGGAUCUCAGGAUGCCGGAGACGGUCGGCUGAUAGACAGUGUUACAUCUCGUAAGGCGCUACUGGAGUUAUAUACCAUAGAGGAGCUCAGGAAAGCUACCGAGGAUUUCAAUCCGAGUACUCAGAUAGAGGGAAGUGUGUAUCAUGGUCAUCUCAAUGGGAAAAGCAUGGCAAUAAGGCGCACUAGAACAGAAAAUAUUUCAAAGGUUGAGACUAGAUUCUUUACUGAUGCAACUCAUCACCACCCAAACAUAAUUAGAUUACUCGGAACAUGUGUGAUUGAGGGCUCCCAUUCAUUUUUGGUCUUUGAAUAUGCAAAAAAUGGUUCCUUGAAGGAUUGGUUACAUGGUGGAUUGGCAAUGAAAAAUCAGUUCAUAGCCUCAUGUUACUGCUUCUUGACAUGGAAGCAAAGGCUGAAGAUCAGUUUCGAUAUAGCCGUGGCAUUACAGUAUAUGCAUCAAGUUAUGAAUCCGAGCUAUGUUCAUAGAAAUAUCAAGAGCCGAAACAUAUUCCUGGAUGAAGAUUUGAAUGCAAAGAUUGGGAACUUUGGUAUGGCAAGGUGUGUUGAAGAUGAUACAAAAUAUCCUGAUCUUUCAACAAACCCUUCCAGUUGGAGCUUGGGUUAUCUAGCUCCUGAAUAUCUUCACCAAGGUGUUAUCUCCCCAGGCAUUGACAUAUUUGCUUAUGGGAUAGUUUUGCUCGAAAUCUUAUCGGGACAAACCCCGAUAAGCCGACCGGAUAAGAAAGGAGGCGGGAACGUUUGGCUUUCGGAGAAAAUCAAGGCCAUAUUACAAUCAGAAAGCGCAGAUGAAUUAAGGGCAUGGAUGGACAGUGCAUUAGGGGAGAAUUACUCAUUUGAUAUGGCAGUCACAUUGGCAAACCUUGCAAGAGCUUGCACUGAAGAAGACCCUUGUUUGAGACCAAGUGCUGGAGAGAUCGUUGACAGGUUAUCAAGAUCGGUGGAAGAACCAACAGAAGGAGAACACACAUUGAUCUUCGAAAGCUCUUCCAAACCUCUGGUAAACACAUCAUCCACAACAUCCAAUCUGUGAAUAAUAUAUAAUAUAAUCUGUUAAAAAAGAUCCAAAAUAGCUAUUAUUUUCGAGUCCAGGCUUCAUAGCCUCUUGUCCUCUUGAUAAGGGUAUUGAGAUCCCUGUAAAUAACUACAUAUAUGUAAUUAAAAGAAAACUGAGAUUGAACAAAUAA